UAAAGGAGGCUCAAAGAAGAAAAAUAUCUUUCCCGCGAUCUGAUAAAAAAAAUAUUCUCUCCUCGCUCUCUCAAACUUCCAACACGAAGAAAACUCAAAUCGAAUAAAUCCUAGCCCAAGCAAGCUCCAAUCAGUGAUGAACCCUUACGACAACCGCUACUCCGACCCCGACUCGUACCGUCACCGUCACCAUCGCAGUGACUUAAUGGGCCAAAAAACUCCAUUGGUACCCACAAUGAUAGGGCCUGUUCCUCAUGGCGGUGGUGCUGGGGUUCCUCCGCCUCCGUCUUUUGCGGGUAGAGGCGGUCCCCCUCCAGUUGGUGGAGGUUAUCCUGCUUUUGAGCGACCUUCUAGUGGAUUCAGUGUUGGACGAGGGGGUGGAGGAGGAGGAAGGGGGUUUAGUGGUGGCCGAGGGUCUAAUUUUCAUGGUGGGGAUAGAAGAAAUGAUGCUGGCCGUGGGAGAGGCUGGAAUUCUGGUUCUGGCCGUGGUGGUGGUGGUGGAAGAGGGGGGAGGUUUGGAGGGGGAGAUCCAAGGAGAGAGUUGGAUAAUAUUGCACUUCCAAAGCAGGAUUUUGGGGACCUGGUGCCUUUUGAGAAGAACUUAUACUUCGAGAAUCCUUCUAUUAGGGCUAUGUCGGAACAUGAAGUGGUUACGUUUCGUGCUAGAAGAGAAAUUACUGUUGAAGGUCAUGAGGUGCCUAGGCCUAUUAGAAUUUUUCACGAGGCCAAUUUCCCUGAUUACUGCUUACAGGUGAUUGCUAAGUUGGGUUUUGUUGAGCCAACGCCAAUUCAAGCUCAAGGGUGGCCAAUGGCUCUAAAGGGUAGAGAUCUAAUUGGCAUUGCUGAGACUGGUUCUGGUAAGACACUGGCAUAUCUGCUACCAGCUUUUGUGCAUGUUGCUGCUCAGCCUCGAUUGGUACAUGGUGAUGGUCCGAUUGUGUUAGUAUUAGCUCCUACAAGAGAGCUGGCAGUUCAGAUUCAAGAAGAAGCUUUGAAGUUUGGUUCAAAGGCGAAUAUUAGGAGCACAUGCAUAUAUGGCGGUGCUCCCAAGGGACCCCAAAUUCGUGAUCUUCAAAGAGGUGUUGAGAUUGUUAUUGCUACCCCUGGUCGACUAAUAGAUAUGUUGGGAGCUCAACACGUGAAUUUGCGAAGAGUCACAUACCUAGUGUUGGACGAGGCUGAUCGCAUGUUGGACAUGGGCUUUGAGCCUCAAAUUAGGAAAAUUGUAUCUCAGAUUCGACCAGAUAGGCAGACAUUGUAUUGGAGUGCAACAUGGCCCAGGGAGGUUGAAGCUUUAGCAAGGCAUUUUUUGCAUAAUCCAUACAAGGUUAUCAUAGGAUCGCAAGAUUUAAAAGCAAACCAGUCUAUAAAGCAAGUUGUUGAAGUCAUGAUGGACCUGGAGAAGUACAAACGGCUGAUCAAACUGCUGAAAGAAGUGAUGGAUGGAAGUCGAAUUCUAAUAUUCAUGGAGACAAAAAAAGGCUGUGACCAAGUUACAAGGCAGUUGAGAAUGGAUGGAUGGGCAGCUUUGUCCAUCCAUGGUGAUAAAAACCAGGCUGAAAGGGAUUGGGUCCUGGCGGAGUUCAAAAGUGGCAGAAGCCCUAUAAUGACUGCCACUGAUGUUGCUGCACGGGGCCUUGAUGUGAAGGACAUAAAAUGUGUGGUCAACUAUGAUUUUCCUUCCAGCCUUGAGGAUUAUGUUCACAGGAUAGGCCGAACUGGUCGAGCAGGAGCUAGGGGAACUGCCUUAACCUUUUUCACAGAGUCAAAUGCAAAAUUUGCUAGGGAUCUUAUUAAAAUUCUGCAAGAAGCAGGGCAGAUUGUGCCCCCGUCAUUAUCUGCUAUGACUCGGUCAGCUGGUUCUUUUGGAGGUAACUUCCGUUCCAGAGGAAGAGGCGGCUUCGGCAACCGGGGGAUGAUUUCAGGAUCCAAUACUGUGCCACUUGGUGCUGGUAGAUCUUGGUAAUUUAGUGGACAACUGCAGCUUCUACUGGUAUCAUCAACAAACAAGCUUUAGUUAUGUUAAGAAAACUAUCUCUGCGAGUGGGUGCAUUCGUAUUGAAAUGAAGGGUUAAACAAUGCUGUAACUAAUAAAGUAUAGGAAUUCAUGUAUUGGCAAUUCAUAUUUAUGUGAUUGUAACUUUAGGUUGGCGUAA